GGCUGUUUGCAGGCGGGGCGCGGGGUGGCUCGGACUCCGGCAGCGCGCACUCCGCCCGGCCCCGCCGGCCGCCAGCGCAGCCUCCCCGCCCGGCGUCCAGGGCACAGGCUGCCCCUGACAUGCUCUGCCCCAGCGAGGAGCCAUCGUGUUAGUGCCCCGAAGACAAACGGACGCCUGGCUGGAGAGACACGGAAAGGCUCUUACUGCUGCCCGACCCCAGGGUGGAGAUCAAGGUGGCACCUGAUCCUAGGAGUCCGGCCCACAGCACUGGAUGAGAAUUCUGCUGUGGUCUAGAGCGCACUGAUCCAGCCCGGCAGCAUGGACUUUGUAAUGAAACAAGCAUUAGGGGGGGCCACCAAGGACAUGGGGAAGAUGCUGGGCGGAGAGGAAGAGAAGGAUCCCGACGCUCAGAAGAAGGAGGAGGAGCGGCAAGAAGCCCUUCGCCAGCAGGAAGAGGAGCGGAAGGCCAAGCACGCCAGGAUGGAAGCCGAGAGGGAGAAGGUCCGGCAACAGAUCCGGGAUAAGUACGGCCUGAAGAAGAAAGAGGAGAAGGAGGCAGAGGAGAAGGCGGCGAUGGAGCAGCCGUGCGAGGGCAGCCUGACGCGCCCCAAGAAAGCCAUCCCGGCAGGCUGCGGGGACGAGGAGGAGGAGGAGGAGGAGAGCAUCCUGGACACGGUGCUCAAGUACCUGCCCGGGCCCCUCCAGGACAUGUUCAAGAAGUAACAGCCCCGCGCCACCCACCCGCCCGGGCCCACCCCCACACACUGGGGUGCACUGGACCGGGGGGGGGAUUUUCAUUUCUUUUAUUUCAUUUGGUUUUUGUUCCAACUCAGUUUCGAAGGGAAGAUCCCAGAUGUGUCCCCUGUGCCCAGAACCCCUCGCUGCUCCAGUGGGGCGGACGAGGCAACCAGACCAAAACCCACCCCCCGCCUGCUGAGCUCCGGACAGCCGGAGCCCCAGGCUGGGCACUGCCAGGAGCCCAGGGCUCCCCCUUCCUCCCUCGCCCCUCAGCCAUACGGAGUCGGAGUUCUGUUGUGCCAAAGUGCCAGCCGGUUGCUUGGCAAAUCCCCCCGGGCGUGGGGGGCGAACUGGGACCAAAUUCACUGCAGUAACCUCAUGUCGGGCGGAGGGUGGGGCAGACGGUAGGGAAAGGCACGGCUCUGCCCGCUCUCCAUGCCCCCUCCCUGCCCUUCACUAACUUCAGACAUUCCUCAGUCCCACACUGCCUCCCUACUGCCAGGGGUUAGGGAUGUGCUGGCAUCAGGAGAGCACCCGCAGGCUGGGGGCUGUGCCCCCCACAACCCCGGCCCUGCCUGGUCUCAGCCCAUGGAGCAAAGCAACCCUGGCCUGUUCCAGCUCUCCAGCUGGCGGCUGUAGAUGUCCUGCCGGGCCAGGUUCCAGGGGCCAUCCUGGGGGCUGGCGCAGAGGGGACAUGGUGGGCUACAGGCCUGGCUUCCAGCGGCGCCACCCCACAGCUCUGCCCCCCGCCCCCCCCAGCUGCUGUGCCCAUUUCUGUUGCAUUUUGUUUGGGCUUCAGGAAGGAGCUGUUGGGUCCAGCCCCUCCCCUGGUGCUGGGCAGCCACACGCUGCCCCUCGCCUGCCGCAGCAAGCACCGGGGAGAGCCCUGGAGCAGGGGCUGCGGUACACAGGGGGACACGUGGACUCCCCAGAUAACCCUGCCCCGGGGUAGCAGGGCAACUGGUGGGACUGGGGGGGCCGGAAGGAAAGAUGAAGCCUUCCUCACCACUCUGCCUCUGCCCCCAACCCCUCCGCAGGCCCAGGCGCGACCCCAGCCAUGCCUGUGCCCCGGGAGUCACGUCCCCCGCAUGUCUCCAGCCAAGCCGAGCCCGUAUGGGCGUCCCUGGCCGAGCUCAGCCCUUGGGGGGAUCAAGCCGAGCACCUUUGCCAUAUUCAAGACCCUGCCCAUUAGGGCAAAUGGUUGGGGAGGAGAUUUAUAAAAAAACAAGGGCCAGAGUUGGGCCCAAGGAACUGGGGGUUCCCGCCUCCCCUCCCAGCCCCGCUGCACAAGGAGUGUGUGUGGGGGGUCUUGGGUCUGGGGACGAUCCUGGCAUGUUGCAAGGCUGGAGCCCAGAGGGCGGACGCAGCACUUAGCCCUCCGGGUGUCCCCUACCCAACGAUUCCCAUUAUGGCAAGGCUGCCAGCACCUGUCUCCCCAGCGCUGCCCUGAGCUGGCUGCGGGCAGCCCGUGGCAAGGCUGAGCAGCCUCCAGGGGGGUCCCACUCAGCACACUUCACACCCUGGCCCUCGCCCACAUUCCUGCUAUGCCCAUCGCUGUGGUAUCUGGGCACCCGUGCCCACUGACAUACACUGAGCCCUGGCUGGAGGGACCCGUCCUUCUGCCACGCUCGGCCCCUGCUGGUAUCUCUGGCUCAUGGCUCCUGCCUCUGGGCGCCAAUCUGCCCCUGCAUGGCUCCAGGGAGCUCCCCCCAUCACCAGGGCAAACCUGCCCUGGCUCUUCCCUCCACGGCAGCACCAGCCCGCCCAAGGACACAGGCAGCCUCUCCUGCGCCUAGCCCGGGCUGCAAGCUCAUUGCCCAGCUGCAGCAGUGCUGAGCCAGGCAGAGCGAAGCGGCCGAGAGCUGCCCGCCCGAGCUCUCACCAGCAGAGACAGUCCCCCCCCAUGCCCUGAGGCGGGUUCAGAGGCCCAGGACUUGUCUCCUGUUUCCCAAAGGGGUUUCUUUGCUUGGGGUGGGAGUUCCCGAUUGCAUCCCAGGGUUUCCCUUUUCCAGGGGUUUUGUUUUUGCCUGCGGGUUGAGUCUGAGAGAAGCCACAAAGUCUCGCUCGCGUCUGUGUCCUUCUCCGAUAGUUAAAGCCAUAUCAGUUAGACUGCAAUACAUGCAACGCAUGCCAGCGAGCCGCGCCGCCGUGCUCCAAGCCUGCGCAAAGGAGCAGAACCGGGCGGGACCCCCCGGCCCCCAGCGUCCACGUCUCAGGCCACCGUUGGCCCAUGUGUGUUUCCGCAUUAGUGUUUGUGUAACAGGGUACACUCACCCCAACCCUCUCAUCCUGUCUGCUAGUCACUGCACCAGAUGGUCACCCCAUGGCCCAAGGGACCCCAGUGCCAGGAGGGGUAACGGGGGGGCAGGGGCCCAGGACUAGGAGGGGGGCACUGUGCGGGUCGAUGGCACUGGCCCUUUGGCACCCGCAGCCAGGGCUGACAAGAGCAGGGGAAUGGGGGGACAAUGGGGCUGGGGGCCUGAGGCCAGGCGGGGGGGACGGGACACACAAUGUAUGUAACAUCUGUGUAAAUAAAGUGAACCGGGAGGGGGUGGGGCUGCAGUGACCAUGUGGUUCCAGGACCCCCCCCCAUGUCGGGUGAUGGGCCUGCCCAUCACCUGUUGGGCAGUGAAGCACCGUGCACUGCAGCACCGCUGCUGUGUAUUUUCCCCACGUGCCCGCAAGGAGGGAGAGUGGGGGUCACCUGCUGCGCUGCCCAGGGCUCCCCCCAGCUCGUUUCAGCUGCUUCCAUUGUCUGACGCUCCCACAGCUGAAUGGCUGAUGUCUGCAACCUGCAAUAAACCCAAACUCUACCAUGGGGCAAAGGGCUGAUCCGCCAGACCCGGGCUCCCCCUGGGGUGGCCUGCGUUUGGUUUAUACUUUUACCACUAGGCCGAGAGGCCUGCGACCCUCUGCGGAGGAGGGCGACUGGAGCCGACCGCACAUCUGGCUGCCCCGGGGUCCUGCUGGCCUGAGCAGCUGUACUUCACGGCUUGGUGAGAUGAGGGGCCGGCCAGCAGCUCACAAGGCCAAGUCCCUGCAGCUAGGGUGGGUACGUGAGGACCCCCCCGCUCCCCAAAGGGGCUGCAGGCCCAGGACACAGCAGCAGGGUUUCUCCUGGCUGUGCCACAAGGGCGUUUCAAAGGGGCUCGAUUCUUGUCACAGGCUUUUCCUCCCCACCUGGAAACUGACAGGAGAGAAGCGCCAAUCUUGUGUGUGUGGAGAGAGAGAGAGAGGGCUCGCGUGUUUGUGGCUUUGAGUGCGUGUGCAAAUGAGUGUACAAAUACGGCUGUCUUGGCGCAUGAGCGCAUGCGUGCGCACCGAACCAUGUGCUGUUUGCACCUGAGCAAGGGGACAGUAGGCGUGACAGGGAGUGUGCGUGUACACGGCUGGAUGUGCGCCUGUGGGUGGGUGUACGCCCGCGCACGCUUUGCUUGUGUUCCCGCCCAUGCCCUGGGGCCGGCCGGCCGGCAGAGGGUCGCCAGAGCCUCCAGGGGCAUCCCAGCGCCCCCCGCUGCCCAAGGCGGCUGCGGCUCUCACCUGCUGGCAGCGACACCAGCCCUGGGGCUGAGCCAAGCUCACUUGCUCGAUAUGGGGAAUGUAAAGUCCUGCACGUUAGCCCACCAGACUGCUGGAUCCAUUCUCCCCUGCCCAGCCCCCUGAUAGUGCUGCCCAGCGCAGCCCCCCACCCACCCCGGGGGCUGGCAUCCCACAUAAGGAGGGGGACAGGCCCCCCCAGACGGGGAGAGCUCCGGGGAGCACACUAGAGCACCAGGGAGGAGGGUUCCUUCAGUUGCUGGAUGUGUGACCCUGCACUGACCCCCCAACCCACAGAAUACACCCCCUCCUGAUCCACCAACCCCCUCUCAGCCACUAGCUUCUCUGCAGAAACUCAUGGGGCACAGAAGGGCCCUAACCUUUCCCUGCCCCCUGAUCUCCUGGUGCUCACACCCACCUGAGAAGUGCUCUUGGGACAGGGGCCGGCCCAGGCAGGGGUCCCUUGCCAGCCAUGCGGUGACCAUCCCACUCCAACUAGUCUUCGACGAAAUAAUAAAAUAAAGGAAUUUGUACGUUG